AAAGAAUUCUAUAAAAAAAGGAGGUUGAGGAAAGUGUGAGAGAAAAGACCAAACAAAACAGAGAACUUGGAUGCCUAACCAAUGCUUUUGUUUUGGAGUCAAUAGAAACCAACACAUUACAUGAGAUCUUUUGCAAAACCUCCACCACCAGGUGAUUGUGUUACCAUGGUCCACGUGUCUCCGUCCAUGCCGUCGAUAUCCCUUAAAUUUCCCAAUGAUUUUUUUUUUUUUUUUGUUGAAAGUCUAGAAGAUAGUUUAACGUUUUGUGUGUGUAUAAUACGUACGUAGUAUGCACAAAUGUAGUACGUAAGAAUGACACUAUGUCAAGAUCAAAAUUAUAUUACUGAUUCACUCGUUAACAUUUUGGUGGGUCAUAUUCCUUAUAAAUACAUACGCAAACCCACCUCUCCACUUAAGACGCCACCAACACAUUAACACAACUUCUAAUUUUUUUAAAAAAAAACUCUCUCCUCUUUUUAGUGUCUCUCCUUGUUCUUGUUUUUGUCACAAAUUCAAGAACAAAGACUAAUUAAAUAAUAAUGGGUGGAAACAAAAGGUCUCACAGUAGCAAGAGGUUCUCUCUAUUCAGCUUCUUCAAAACACGAAGAUCUCACAGAGUGGAAGUAGACGGCUCAUGGGACGACGUCGGUUACACUCGCAAGGCAAUGGCUAGUGAUGAGGACAAACGUUAUUGGGUCGCUGAACCAGGCAUCGACCGUAAAGCUUCUGCCUUCAUCGCCAAGUUUCAUGCGACUCGUGUCUCUGAGUCUGAGCGUCAGACUCUCUCUCCUUACCGAUCCGACAAGGCAUGAUGAAUAUGAUGAUCAAGAACUGAUGUGAUUCUAUGUAAAUUGUCUUCUCUUUUUCUAUGUCCUUGAGAUAAUUCAUUGAUUGUGUCUUAAAUGUAGUUAAUAAUCAAUCUUUCUCCACAGUUCUCAUCUUCAAGCUUCUCAUUCUUUUUGCCCUCUUUUCAUCUCCUAGCUAGUUUAAUAAUAUGGGGUGUUUUUGGUUGUGCAUGAUUGCGUCGGUUUAUAGUAAAACAAAUUACAAAAUAACCAGAUUCGACUUUGUAGAUUUUAUGUUCGUCUUAAAACCUCAUAAUAAAUAACGAACAGAAGGGGAAUAAGGAAUACUAAA